CUGCUGGAAACGGCAAGAAGGCGGAAGAGCGAUGUGCGGACCUCAGGAGAAGUCGGCGGAGGAGGUGACGUCAGCCGGGCAGGGCCUCUGCAGGUCUGCAAGCCACCGCAUCGGGAUUCUAUUUUAAGCUCUGGAGCGAAACACAAGUGACGCUGAACUGCAGAGUCUGGUACGUAAAGAUCGUGCAUUUUGAGAAGCAAGGACCCUCUAAAGUCAAGCAGCUUUUAGCCUAUGGAAAGAUGUCCGGACAGCUAAACGUUUAAAAUGCACUUAAAGCAAAAGGAAAAAAAAAGUCAAAAGGUAAAUGUCAAACUGGCGGAAGUGUUUGCAACUCACCUCACAGAAGUCUUAUAUGGGAAUCAGCAUACUUUCCCUGUAAGGAGCCACGUGGUAGAUACUGUCCGCUUCCAGGCCACAGGCUCUACUCAGCUGUGCUCCAGGGGAAUUUUAUUUAUUAAAAGCAUAAUAAGCCAGUGGGCCUGAUUUAGCCCACAGGCCAUAGUCCGGUCUCAUUUAACCAAUAUAUGAAGAGGUCCUAGAAAUCAAGAAGAGACAACCCAAUAAAAAAUGGGGAGAAAACAUUAAUAGAUGGUUUUUAAAAAAAGGAAACUCAAAGGCCCUGAACCAAUGUGACAAAUGCCUGACUUCACGUGUGAUAAGAGAAACGGAAACAAAGGACCCAGAGAUACCCUGCUUCCCACCAGUACGCACCUCCAUCAGGUGUGCACACACCGACUUGGCGACGCCAUGGGAAACAGGUCCCUGCCGUGUCGCUGGUGGGAGCACACAGCACGCACCCUCGGGAGGGGACGUUGUUUGUCCAUCAGGCUUUCCCCCGGCCCAGCAACCCACGCCAACCCUGGCCCCUGCAGGCACAGCCGGGUACCAUGUUGCCAAGGUUACAUCAGGAGGGCCACUGCUGCUGUGUUUGUGAUGGUGAAAUCACAACCCACCCAGGAGCCGUAUAGAAACGCUGCCUCGGACGCCCCCGGGGGAACAGUACGGAGCUGUUAACGGCAACGAGGAGAGUCCUGGCAGAUGCAGGAACGGAAGCUGCAGGAGGGGAAUGCUGCCCGGGAUAACAGAGCGUGAGGGGCAGACAGGACAGCGCACAGGAACCACGGUUCUUUCCACGGCCGUCCCCUCUGCUCCGACGGGGCCUCGCAGCAGCCGGCCCUCCACAGGCCCCCAGGCCCUCCCGCCCUCCCGGGGCAGCCAGGCUAGGUGUUGAUGGCCUUCCAGCGCUCACUGUCCGUGCUGUUGACGCUGCCCGUGUGGCAAGGCAUGGAAGCCACAUCGUCCAGCAGGUGCUGAGGAAUGAGCUGAUCUAUCCUUAAAUGAAAAACACAGUGCAGAUCAGCAGGCACGGCCUGUCUCUCUCGUGAGAAAAGUGCACAUCUUUGUGUGUUGUGUACGUAAUGUGUUAUGUCUGUAUUUAUAUAUAUCUGUGUGAACCUAUGCGUGCCUGUAUGGGUGUGGUAGAUGCAUGCAUGUGCAUAUAAACGCAUAUAUGUGUACAAGUUUAUGUGUGCGCACAUGCACGUUACACACGUAUACAUCUGUAUACGUGUGUGUAUGUUUAUAGGGGCGCAUGCAUAUGUGUGCGCGCCCGAGUGUGCACGUAUAUCCGCACGCACGUGCAUGUACACACAUGUACCCUGUCCGCCUCCUCAAGCUCCGGCCCCAGCCUGAGCUGCCCCCCAGCCCCGAGCCCAGAGGCUGGGAUGCUGCAGUGGCGGCUGCGCAUGCCCAAGAGGCAGAAGGCGUGAUCCCGACGGCGGCCACGCGGGGGCGCCCGCAGCCUGGAAGCUGGGGGCGAACAAGCCCAGAGCGCCACCUGGAACCCCGCCCCCCAGUCCCCCUCCCUGCAGCCCCCGCGGGAGGACUCACCCGAAGAAGCCCCGCAGGAAGGCCACGUAGAUGAGGGGCGCGAAGAAGCUGAAGUAGAGGAAGGUGGUGGCGUCCACGCAGCUGGGAGGACGGGCAGGUUAGGGUUGCGGCGGAGCGACCCGGCCGGCCCCCGCCCCCUCCCCGCCGCCCCCCGGCCCCCUCCCGGCCACCCCCGGCCCCGGCCGCUUACCAGAGCCCCUCGAUGACGUCUGCGCACAGCAGCGCGCUCCCCAGCCCCUGCAGCAGGUUGAGCAGCGCCAGGAUGCCCGCGUACACGUAGAAGCUCCUUCGUGCUGCAGGGUGGGCGCGCAUGAGGUCCUGCCCAGGUGUCGGGACCGGACCGGCUCCCUGCUUCCCACCCACCCAGAGCCGUCCGCUCCAGGCCCCCGCAAGGCCAACAGCCCACCCCGCGCCCAGCCCCGUCCCCAGGCGCUCACAGGGCAGGGAGAUGCGCUCCUUCAGCGGGGUCUUGGGGAGCACGACCACCAGCGAGUAGACCUGCGGAGACACUGGCGCUGACCGGGACGCAGGGAGCUCCUGCCCAGUGCUGAGCCCGCUAGCAGGCCGUGCCCGAGGCUCCGGCCACCCCCCAGCUCACCAGGAAGAAGAAGCAGGAGCUGACGAGCCAGAACUGGCGGCCCCCGUGCCCGUAGAUGUUGAAGUCCUCAGCCGACAGGUGACCUGGAAGAAACGUGCUGGUCAGUCAGCGGGAGCCAGCCUAGGGAACCACGGUGGGGUCGGCCCCAGCCAGGGAGGGGCAGGGGAGCCCUGGCCGCAGCAGCACACGCACCAAAGGCGAGGCCCAGGAUGACCACGCUCAGCUCGAUGGCCAGCAGGAAGAAGCGGGUAAUCUCCCACAGGAUCUGGACACAGAGCGGGCAGAGCGUCAGCCUGGGGGCCGGCUGCCCCCUCCCAGUGCCCAGCAGCCCUGCCAGCAGGCCCAGCCCCACCUUAUCAGCUACAGUCGCAGCAUCUGAGGCGCUGACCGUCAUGGACACCACGGCCCGGGCGAUGCCCACCAGCGCCACCACGAACACCUGGCCACCCAGCGGCUCUGGGAUGGCGCCCCCCCGGCAGCCUGAGGAUACGGCAAGGACGGGAGGUACUGCAGGCGAGAACGUGUGCCUGACACGGCAGGUCCAAGGAAAGAAGCUGGUUUCCUCCCCGUUCCCGCCCUCUGCACCCUUCCACCGGUGCUGACGCGGCCGAGCACCUGCUCUGAGCCGGCAGGUCCAGGUGCCAGGACGCACCUGCCCUCUUGGGGCCCUCAUUCUCGGAGGGGAGGCUGACAGCCAGCACGAAUACCAUCCUUCAAAAGCAAACCUCUCGUAGAGGACCCUCCUUGAUGCCCUGCGUUCAGGACAGGGGCCCCUUGCCGGAGCCAGAAGCUGAGCCUCGGCUGCUGGAAUGUGCACAUUGGAGUCCCACGUGGAAAGAAAGCCAACACAGAGGUGAGACUGAUGGAAAUAGAUCCUGGAGAUGGCGCCUUGCAGGAGCCCCUGGAUCCAGCCACACCUGAAGACCUUGCUUGUGCUUCUGGCUCUGCCAGGUUCUUUCUCCGUGACCUUGGGGGAGUCUUUCCCCUCUCUGGGUGUCAAAGGACAAUAACACCGCCCCCCCCAGCAAGGCUGCUGUAAGGAUCAAGCAAGACCAGAGAAGUGAAUGUCUACAAAAGGUCACACACAGAAAGCUGGCACUGCUGCCCUGUUGGCCCCAGAGCCACACUUGAGCCACACCGGAAUUGCCACUAUGUGUCAAAGCUCACAAAAUCACUGAAGCCAUGAUAAAAAGGACAAUGCACCCUUCCCUGCCCGUGUGCAGUUGAGGCUUUCCACGGGAUCACCUGCUGAGCCGCCACACCAGCCUCCAAGAGAGGGGGCUGCUAACAUCCCAUCACACAAAGGGGAAAGAGGCUGAGACAGGUCCGCCUGUGGCCUGUAUUCCCCUCUCCCCACCACAGUGGGUCUGACCACCCAGAGCUACUGGAUGGGGAACGCUGGGGCAAACAAAACCCUGAGCAGAGAGGCUGCUGCUUAAACGCCUCUCAGGGCUUCCGACCGGAGCUGGUUGAUGAGCCUUAAAACCCUGGAACCGAAACAGGCCCAUCUUUCAGCCUGUUCUCCAAGCUGCUGUGCUGUUCCUACCUCAGGACCCCGGUGCGUACUCCUUCCCAGCUGCGGCUCACCAUUCGGGCCACCUCCUCUGAGAAGCCCUCCCUGACUACCUCUGUCUGAAGCGGCCCUCGCUGUGUGUUGUUCAGCCCACGCAUCUCAUGACCCAGCCCCCCAGGACAGCAAACGUUGCGGCAACCGAGCGUCCGGGGAGGAGCCUCCGCCGCCUGCCUGAGGACCUCUGGUCCCGGGGGACAAGCUCCGCCCGGACCGGCGCGUCCCCCGCGCACCUGUCCUCGCGGCCGCGGUCGACGCAGUGCUGCGCACCCUCCGCCUCACGGCAGCUCUUCAGAACAGCUGUAAUUAGUCGCAUUUCAGGAGAACCUGAGGCUGAGACGUUAAGUGCUUGACCGAAGCGACAGGACCAGGAAGUGACAAAGCCCAGAACUGGGGUUUGAUCCGCCUCCUCUCACCUCUAACUACAGGCAGCCAACUCCUGGAAGCCUUCCUGGAUUAACCUCCUGCGUCCCUGCUGUGUUCACUCCUCUUUCCCCUCUCCCGGGUUCCACCAUGUCAGGCCCCUCCUGCUUCUGAGUCCUUAUCCCUCCCAACAUAUCCCUCCCACCCGCUCCUCACUGGGUGCUCAAGCCAUACUGGUCUCUGUUUCUGUUUUUUGGCUAUACCAAGGCUUGUUCCUGCUUGUGGCUCUGCCCCUGUCCCCCCACCCCCACCCCGGCCUGGCUCCUGUCACAUGACCCCCCUCUCCUGCUUGACACCCUAGCCAAAGUAGCUGUCCAGUCUCUGUCACACAAAGCCCCUUUAUUUCAUUCCCAGUGUUACCAAAACUGGGUUCGUCUGUUGGUGGACGUCGAGCGGAAAGACACAACCAAGGCAAAGAGCAGGAGAAGGAAGAACUGAUCACUUGCAAUUUGGAACCAACUGUAACUGCUUCCAACCUGCCUCAAUCUACGUCCACCCCUGGCAGCCUGAGGGAUUCUCCUAAAACCCACGUAGCUCUCCACUGCCCUCAGGCCAGCUCAGUAGAAAGACUUGGUGAUCUUUCGUGACCUGGGCUCUCCAGCCUCAAUUUUUGUCCCUUCCUGAACAUCACAAGCGGUUUAACUGGAACUAGGAAAGUGCUUGCAGAUGCCCACCGUGCCCUGCUCUCCACAUCUCUGCGCACGAGGCUCUUGCUACCUGGAACACCCCUGCAUCUCGGCUCCCUCGGGGUGGGGGGUAACCCCCACUAGAACGUCACAGCUGGCCUCCUACCAUCCCCCGCCUUUCGGCGCUUGAAGGAUGCAGCCUGAGCUUUUGGAGGAGUUGACAUCACACGAUAAGAAAACGUCAGAAAACAAGGACCCCGGCCGGCCACAGCAGCAGGUCGUACAUCUCGGCUGGCCCCGCAGCACAGAGCGCGGGCUAGGCGGGGUCUCGGGCAGCGUGGGCGGGGCCGCACGCUCGGGCCCGCCCCCGAGCGCCGGCGUGACGGAAAUGGACGCCAACGUCAUGACGUCGUGCUUCCUCAGACGCUUCCCGGGCACGGGCGGUCACGUGGGCCGUUUUUCGCGCGAAAACUGGCUGUUGCUGGCGGAGCGGAGAGGAGCACUGAGCAGCGAUGGCGGAAUCAUCCGAGUCCUUCACGGUGGCGUCCAGCCCGGCCCCGAGGCGGAGAGGCAACGAUCCUCUGACCUCCAGCCCUGGGCGGAGCUCCCGGCGCACGGAUGCCCUGACUUCCAGCCCCGGCCGCGACCUUCCUCCCUUUGAGGAUGAGUCGGAGGGACUGCUCGGCACAGAGGGGCCCCUGGAGGAGGAGGAGGAGGAUGGAGAGGAGCUUUUCGGAGAUGGCAUGGAGAGGGACUACCGCCCCAUCCCGGAGAUAGAUGUCUACGAGCCCGAGGGGCUGGCCCCGGACGACGAGGACGUGGACGAGCUGACCGCCAGCCAGAGGGAGGCGGCCGAGCGGGUCAUGCGGCAGCGAGACCGGGAGGCCGGCCGGGGCCUGGGCCGCAUGCGCCGCGGGCUCCUGUACGACAGCGACGAGGAGGAGGAGGAGCGCCGCAGCCGGAAGCGGCGGCAGGUGGAGCGGGCCACAGAGGACGGUGGCGAGGCCGACGAGAUGAUCGAGAGCAUCGAGAACCUGGAGGACCUGAAGGGCCACUCGGUGCGCGAGUGGGUGAGCAUGGCCGGCCCGCGGCUGGAGAUCCACCACCGCUUCAAGAACUUCCUGCGCACCCACGUGGACGGCCGCGGCCACAACGUCUUCAAGGAGCGCAUCAGUGACAUGUGCAAAGAGAACCGCGAGAGCCUGGUGGUGAACUACGAGGACCUGGCCGCCAGGGAGCACGUCCUGGCCUACUUCCUGCCCGAGGCGCCGGCUGAGCUGCUGCAGAUCUUCAGCGAGGCUGCCCUGGAGGUGGUGCUGGCCAUGUACCCCAAGUAUGACCGCAUCGCCAGCCGCGUCCACGUGCGCAUCUCCCACCUGCCCCUGGUGGAGGAGCUGCGCUCGCUCAGGCAGCUGCACCUGAACCAGCUGAUCCGCACCAGCGGGGUGGUGACCAGCUGCACGGGCGUCCUGCCUCAGCUCAGCAUGGUCAAGUACAACUGCAACAAGUGUGGCUUCGUGCUGGGGCCUUUCUGCCAGUCCCAGAACCAGGAGGUGAAGCCGGGCUCGUGCCCCGAGUGCCAGUCAGCCGGCCCCUUCGAAGUCAACAUGGAGGAGACCAUCUACCAGAACUACCAGCGCAUCCGAAUUCAGGAGAGUCCUGGCAAAGUGGCGGCCGGCCGGCUGCCCCGCUCCAAGGAUGCCAUCCUCCUCGCGGACCUGGUGGACAGCUGCAAGCCGGGAGAUGAGAUAGAGCUGACCGGCAUCUACCACAACAACUACGAUGGGGCUCUCAACACCGCCAACGGCUUUCCCGUCUUCGCCACUGUCAUCCUAGCCAACCAUGUGGCCAAGAAGGACAAUAAGGUGGCCGUGGGAGAGCUGACUGACGAGGAUGUGAAGAAGAUUAUCAGCCUCUCCAAGGACCAGCAGAUUGGGGAGAAGAUCUUUGCCAGCAUUGCUCCUUCCAUCUACGGGCACGAAGACAUCAAGCGAGGCCUGGCACUGGCUCUGUUUGGAGGGGAGCCCAAAAACCCUGGCGGCAAGCACAAGGUGCGAGGUGACAUCAACGUGCUCCUUUGUGGAGAUCCCGGCACGGCCAAGUCUCAGUUCCUCAAGUACAUUGAGAAAGUGUCCAGCAGAGCCAUCUUCACCACCGGCCAGGGGGCCUCGGCCGUGGGCCUCACGGCAUACGUCCAGCGGCACCCCGUCAGCAAGGAGUGGGCCUUGGAGGCUGGGGCCCUGGUCCUGGCGGACCGAGGAGUGUGUCUCAUCGAUGAAUUUGACAAGAUGAACGACCAGGACAGGACCAGCAUCCACGAGGCCAUGGAGCAGCAGAGCAUCUCCAUCUCGAAGGCCGGCAUCGUCACCUCCCUGCAGGCCCGCUGCACCGUCAUUGCUGCCGCCAACCCCAUAGGUGGCCGCUAUGACCCCUCGCUCACCUUUUCGGAAAACGUGGACCUCACGGAGCCCAUCAUUUCCCGCUUCGACAUCCUGUGUGUGGUGAGGGACACAGUGGACCCAGUCCAGGAUGAGAUGCUGGCCCGUUUCGUGGUCGGCAGCCACAUCAGACAUCACCCCAGCAACAAGGAGGAUGGGGGCCUGGGGGGCGCCCCGGAGCCCCCCAUGCCCAACACAUAUGGCGUGGAGCCCCUGCCGCAGGAGGUCCUGAAGAAGUACAUCAUCUACGCCAAGGAGAAGGUCCACCCGAAGCUCAACCAGAUGGACCAGGACAAGGUGGCCAAGAUGUACAGUGACCUGAGGAAGGAAUCCAUGGCCACGGGCAGCAUCCCCAUCACGGUGCGUCACAUCGAAUCCAUGAUCCGCAUGGCUGAGGCCCACGCGCGCAUCCACCUGCGGGACUACGUGAUGGAGGAUGACGUCAACAUGGCCAUCCGCGUGAUGCUCGAGAGCUUCGUGGACACGCAGAAGUUCAGCGUCAUGCGCAGCAUGCGGAAGACUUUUGCCCGCUACCUGUCGUUCCGCCGGGACAACAACGAGCUGCUGCUCUUCAUCCUGAAGCAGCUGGUGGCCGAGCAGGUGACGUAUCAGCGCAACCGCUUCGGGGCCCAGCAGGACACGAUCGAGGUGCCCGAGAAGGACUUGGUGGACAAGGCUCGUCAGAUCAACAUCCACAACCUGUCUGCCUUUUACGACAGUGAGCUCUUCAGGAUGCACAAGUUCACCCACGACCUGAAACGCAAGAUGAUCCUUCAGCAGUUCUGAGCGUCCACGGCAGCUCCGUGGUCCUGGUGGAAGGUCAGACCUGGUGCUGACUUCACUCUGCUGCAGGGACCCAAAACCAAACUGCGCGGGGCUCCGAGUCGUGGGGCCGGGCUCGCAGCGGUGCCGUGUGGCUGCAUCCACCCCACGGCCGAGGUGUUUUAUUUCCUUGACUCUCUUCCUCUGCUCUCAUCUCGGGGCACUUGACUUCCCAGAGCUGCGUUUUCAGCCCUCUGACAACCGCCCACCACUUGCAGGAGGUUCGCCUGACCUUCUGGGGAUUGAAGUCGAUUGUGUUCGGGCCCCUGGGGGCUGUUCUAGGGGGCUGAGCACGGAAGGGUGUCACCAGAACUGCUGGCCUCUUGGCAUGAGUUCCGUGUCCUGUUGCUUUUGCUGCCUGUGGUUGAAGAGCAAGUUCUCAGUAUUUGCAGCGUUUUUCUGAAUUGUGCCCUGCAGCCUUCUCUAGGCUCCCGUGAGUAGGGGCAGCGUGUGGGUCCUGCACACAUGGGACCCUAAGCUGUCGGCACAGCCUCGCGUCCUCUGACGGCCCUGCAGCCUUGGCCUCCGCCAGUGGGAGGAGUGGGUUUGGGGUCAGAUGGUGAGGGUCGUCGGAGCCGGGCCACCCCCUCACCAUUGCUGUGUGAUCUGUUCUCCUACCUGGCCCUUUCCUCAUUCUCUCAUUUGUACACAGUUCUUGUUUCUGUCGUUGUAGUUUUUAAUAAAGUGGAGUAAACCUGAA